AUGUAUACUGAGUUUUAUGGUAUUUUGGUUUUAUUAAUUUUCAGUGUAGUUCUUUCUGCGAUUAUUUCUGGCGCUUCUUAUAUUUUAGGGGAAAAACAGCCGGAUCGAGAGAAAGUCUCGGCUUAUGAAUGUGGGUUUGACCCCUUUGGGGCCCCAGGACGGCCUUUUUCUAUUCGGUUUUUCUUAAUUGGUAUUCUUUUUCUUAUUUUUGAUUUAGAAAUUUCUUUCCUUUUUCCCUGAUGUGUUGUAUACAAUCAAAUAUCUCCCUUUGGUUAUUGGACUAUGGUUGUGUUUUUAGGCAUUUUAACUUUAGGUUUGGUCUAUGAGUGGUUAAAAGGUGGCUUAGAAUGAGAGUAA